CGACAAAUGUCCUACUACUUCACCAUCCUCUCCCCCACAGAUGUUCCUUUGUUCAACAUCGCCUUCGGCACCUCCAAAAGUGGUGGCGAUGGAAUUGCCCGCUUCCGUUUUCCGGAUACCGCCCAAUACAUGAAUCAAUUCAUCAUUCAUUCAAGUCUGGAUGUUGUUGAGGAAGCUCAGUGGAUGAAUGGGAAUAUGUAUUUAAAGCACAUCGACACCUAUCCCCCGGCCUCAGCCUACAUCUCCGCCUUCCUCGCUCCCUCCGGCGCCCGAUUUCUCCUCCUACAUCAACCGCCUCAACUUCCAUCUGCGUCUACCGGAAGCGGCUCGUCCUCGCUCUUAGGAUCGAGUUUCUCGGCUUCUGCCCUGGGAGGUGGAAGUUCCAGCAGAGCAUCGUCCAGUUCAAUCGGGGCGAACCCAACCUCGCCGCAGACCGAGGAGGCCGUCCGCCAAUUCAUGAACGAGGUUUACGAAAAUUAUGUUAAGACUGUGAUGAGCCCAUUCUAUAGACAAGGAUUAGAGAUUAAGAGUCCAGUUUUUAGGUCCAGGGUUACAGCUGCGGGAAGAAAAUGGCUGUAAUCUCUCUAUCUCCUUCCCAACUUAAUACCAUCUUUGCUACUUAUGUCCUGUUGUUCUUUUGAGCAUAUUCUACUGUGUAUCUUUUCUUGAGUCAAUGAUUAGGUUCUACUUCAAAGGCUUAAUAAAACGGGGCGCACCACUGGUGACCUAUUCUCCUGGGCUGUAUGCGCAGGGACCGGGAGCGGCUAUCUCGUACAUUUUACAUUCAGGAACGGAGUUUUGGCAGAAGUCGAACAUUCAUUGUAUUACUGCUGCGAGCUUCGUAUAGG